AUGCAUAAAGUUAAGAGUCUAAGCAUGUACCAUCCACAACUGGCAUACUGUAUUGUGCAGUUCCUAGAGAAGGAUGCCGCCUUGACAGAAGAGGUUGUUCUUGGCCUCCUUCGCUACUGGCCUAAAGUGAACAGUACGAAAGAAGUCAUGUACUUAAAUGAGGUCGAAGAUAUCUUUGAGGUUAUGGAACCGGCUGAGUUCGUGAAGGUUCAAGAGCCUCUGUUCCACCAGCUUGCCAAAUCAGUCGCCAGUCCUCAUUUUCAAGUUGCGGAACGAGCGCUCUACUUUUGGAAUAAUGAGUACUUCUGUAACUUGGUCGGUGAUAAUGUGGAGGUCAUUCUCCCGAUCAUGUUUGCACCUCUUUAUGAGAAUUCUCAAGGUCACUGGAACAGGUAUGUCGGGUGCGAUACCAUUCUAAUAUAA